GACAUAAAUCAAUAUUCACAUUUGACAUUUGCAUUGGAUACAAAUAAAAUAUAGUUGCUUUAUGCACGUUACACACAUACAUUUUCCAGCGUGAUAAUGUUUGUCUGUGUAACAUUAAUCAUGAAGAUGAAAAGGCAAUGAGUGCUGCAGUGUUUGUUUACUUUUGGGUCUGAUUUGAUGAAUGAAAGGCAGCCCUGUCCAGGGAUCAGCGGAUCACUGUCACACUAUUGUCCUACUGUGGCGCAGAAGUGGGCGGAUAGCAGUGUCUCUCUCUGCCCAAUGGCUGACACGACUCUCAUGAGAAUGGAGAAAGGCACUUUUCUGCCAUCCAAAAUCCCUAAAACCAUCAUCAUUCCAGUACGGGAACCACACUCUGUAACUGCCUAUACCGCUGAGAGAUGACAGAGCCAAUCUCCGCGCCCGCUGCACACUUUCGGCCCUGGGACUGGGAGCUAGGAGCUGCAUAGCACCGCAGACGCAUCGCACUAAACCGGGAGUCAGCCCUUUGAUUUUGGAGAAAACGGGAACUAAAACGCGCGACUUAAAGGAAUUAAAAAGGAGUUUAUCCAACUACUUUUCUUGCUCUACCAGAAAGCGGACUUUUGUUCAAUGUCAUCAUGAUCAUCUUCUCGUCGCGCAGUGUACUGCUGUCAGUCUACUAUCCACAGAUAUUCCUCAUCCUUACGAGUGGGAGCUACCUGGCCCUGUCUUCCGUGGUGGCCUUGGGUGCCAACAUCAUCUGCAAUAAGAUCCCUGGGCUGGCCCCUCGCCAGCGGGCCAUCUGCCAGAGCCGGCCGGACGCCAUCAUCGUGGUGGGGGAGGGCGCCCAGCUGGGCAUCAAUGAGUGUCAGUACCAGUUCCGCUAUGGACGCUGGAAUUGCUCCGCCCUUGGGGAGAGAACCGUCUUCGGACAGGAGCUGCGAGUAGGUAGCCGGGAAGCUGCAUUCACGUACGCCAUUACGGCCGCCGGCGUGGCCCACGCCAUCACGGCGGCGUGUAGCCAGGGCAACCUGAGUCAAUGUGGCUGCGACCGGGAGAAGCAGGGCUACUACAACCAGGAGGAGGGAUGGAAGUGGGGAGGCUGCUCGGCAGACAUCAAGUACGGCAUCGAGUUCUCCAGGAGGUUCGUGGACGCCCGCGAGAUCAAGAAGACCACCAGACGCCUGAUGAACCUCCAUAACAAUGAGGCAGGGAGAAAGGUCCUAGAGGAGCGGAUGAAGUUGGAGUGUAAAUGUCACGGCGUGUCAGGCUCCUGCACCACCAAGACCUGCUGGACCACCCUUCCGAAGUUCAGAGAGAUCGGCUACGUCUUAAAGGACAAGUACAACGAAGCUGUACACGUGGAGGUGGUCCGGGCCAGCCGACUACGCCAGCCCACCUUCCUCAAGGUGAAGAAGACUCAGGGCUACCGCAAGCCCAUGGAGACCGACCUCGUCUACAUCGAGAGGUCGCCCAACUACUGCGAGGAGGACGCGGCCACGGGGAGCGUCGGCACCCAGGGGAGGCUGUGUAACCGCACCUCGCCCCACACGGACGGCUGCGAUCUCAUGUGCUGCGGCCGGGGCUACAACACGCACCAGUACACCAAAGUGUGGCAGUGCAAUUGUAAGUUCCAGUGGUGCUGCUUCGUCAAGUGCAACACAUGCAGCGAGAGGACGGAGGUGUUUACCUGCAAAUAAAGCCUGCGUGGCAUUAUGGACCUACGGUAUGGGACAGUGAUGGGGACGGGCGUGGCAGGACUAGCUGGACGUUGAGGAUGACCCCCAGAGGAAAAAUGUUUUGGAACAGGAACGGAGAUAUUUUUAAAUACAAAAGGAAUGGAUUUUUUCAAUAUCAGCAUUGUUUGCACAGCAGAAUCUAUAUUUGCUUUUUAAGAAAGUAAAGGCUAAUUAUCAAUAGGUAAUAAUACUACCCAAGAUCUUUGACUCUGAUACAGAAUGUGUGCUCAUGUACUGAUGUGACUCUAAAAGUUGGGACUACAAGAAACUAAUGGUGCCUGGACUGGAACUGUGCUUUGCACCCCGGGAUUUGUAGUUCUUUAUUUCACUGAACAGCUUCUACAUGGAACAGAAUGACAGACUCUGGAGAUGUUGUAGAUAAUUAAACUGUUGAGGGAUCAGACUCUGGUAGGGUCCUCUAAAAGUCUUCUAGUGAGAACUCUUUGGAGUUUUUCCACAGAGGGAGAGAACAGAGGUGAAUAUUUGAGCCCCCAAAAUUGGAGGUGAUUUGUUUUUGGAGCUGUGUAGACGUGAAGAAGGCUGUGUUAGCAUGGUGCCUUGGGGCGCACCGAAAGCUGAAUGGAGAAGUUUCAAUAGUAAGCCCUCUGCUGCCAACUGGAAUACGGUGGAGUAUGUUAGUUUUCCAGUCACACUGGAACUGUCUGUUUGAACACUGAAAAUAAAUUGUUUAUUUAUGUUAUAGUAUCUUAAAACGAAGCACUAACGGGUAGAAAUUUCUUUUUGUACUAAGUGUAAAAAAUACUUUUUAGAAAACUCUGACUGAAGAUGAUGCGUGUCCUUUAGAAAAAUGCCCCCAACCCACUAUCAAUUCCCCUUUCUCUUAAAAUUAUUCCAUUGCUACUGGUGUGUUAACUACAAAUACAUAUCAACAAUACCAAUACAGUGUAUUUCACAUUUCAGUCAAUAACUUUGUUUCUAGUUUUCAAUAGCAUAGCUUUUGUUUGCAGUCAUUUAUGCACCAGAAAGUGGGCCUACAGUAAAUCCUGUCAGGGGACUUUUUCAUUUUCAAGCAUAGACAGUAGCAAGAGAACUCCUUUUUUAACCGCAAAGAUCCUUCCUCAAUUCAUUAAACGUGAUAUUGAUAUUGAUAUGUUGCUGGAUGUGUUGUAGAGUGCUGCACUGAUAUCAUUUUCUAUUCAGAUACAACUCAAAUGAAAAUUAAAUAAACUCCCAUUUGAAAGAAAAACAAGACUGAGAAUGAAAGUAAGUGAAGUCUGCUGGUCUCGAGAGGAAAUGUUAGGCUUCAGCCAACAGCUUCAUUAAUUCACUGCAUACAAAGCUGUGGUCUCAUUCCCAUCUGUAUUCAUUGGUUGUGGGUACGCUAUACCAAAGUGUCAGGCUACGUGGAGCUUCAGUUACAUAAAGCAUCAGUACACACCAUUUUGUCACUUAAGCAUAAUCAGUCCUUUUUGUAUGUAAUGUUUAAGCUUCAUAUGUUGAUAGGAAAUACUCUUUCUGCUCAUUUGAGUUUUCGACGACGCACGGUUGACCCAGAAUCUCUCAUUUUCUUGGUUUUCCUAAAAUGAACUGGUCUGUCAUAGGUUGUACACACUGAAUAAUAGCCACUCAAAUGAGGUGAAGGUGCUGUUUUAUUUUCGUAGUGAUGUACAUUUAAUCCUUUUAUCGUUGUUAUGCUAUCAAUGUAGGUGCUCCAAAUACAAUAGUAGUGUACUUAACUGCAUGGUCUGCUGACUGAAGCUACUUAUCAUAAAGUUUUAUCAAAUUUAUUUGCAUUCUCAUAUGGAUUAAAACCACUGUGGCCUGUUACUUGUUCUAUAUAUACUACAAACCCACAAACAAGGAUAUUAUCCAGAUUAUCCAGAUGAUCUUAGUUCCUCAUAAUAGCCAAUACAUGCACAUUUAGGUACACCAACACCAACAAUUAGACAAAAGUCAUCCUAAAUUUACUGAUUAAUGUAACUAGAGUCAGUUACUUUGCCAUGUUAAAGGUGUUUAUUAUUUCAAGCUAGUUAUCUCAACAUUGUAUGGCAGAACAUCCUACUGUGUAUUGUUUGGGUCCGGAUUCAAGUCGAUUCUCACAAUGUGUCAGUGCUCAUUUCCGUUGCCCGUGUCAAUUGUUCCACCCAAUAUCCAAAGCCCUUAGUUAUACUCUGACUCGCUGCAAUGGAACACAUUCUUAUUAUGUCUGGCUAUUGUAUGUAGAGAUUGUAAGCCACCAACGUCUAUAUAAAAAUGUCCCUUAUUCAGAAGUUCCAACCACCCUUAAUAUGGCUUUUGGCGAUGCGAAGGAAGCAUAAAUUAUUAAACAUAAUAAAUAAAUAUAUGAACCAGCUUGCUGAAUUUGACAUUAUUUUGUACCCAGCAUGUGUUCAUAAUAAUCUGUGGUUCAUCUGCCUUGAUUAUGGCACGCACAGAGCAGAAGUAAAUUAUCUCUCAGAGCCUAUCUCGGAGUCAGACAGUGACAUGCAGGCAGUCUGUGGGAGAGAGAGAGAGUUUUGGGGUUUUGUAAAGCUUAAUUGGGAGGCCUUAUGUUGUCUUUUCUGGGUAAAAGGGGUUGUCUGGCUUGGAUUGGUAGAGCUGCUAGUGAAGCCAAAUCUUCUCACUCACUGUCUGAUUAAUUGAUCUAAUUCAGUUCCGUAUAUCUAUCACAAUGUGAUACAAGAUACUAUAAUUGACAUCAAUAUGUGCUCUGAAGUGCUACAGAUGUUUUUACAUGUUGAUGGAGUGCCAGGAAAGUGAUUAGCUCAACUGUCGGAAUGCUUUCCAUAUUCUCUGUGUUGGCAGGAUUGCCACUUAGAGUCGCUAAAUGGGCAAAUGGAGCUCCAUGCAAAUGACCUGUGCUGAAUAGGAAGUGCCUCAGUCUGCCUCUUGUUGAAGGGCACAAAUGUGAGAGUGUGGUUUCUUUUGUGAGUGUGUUUUCUAGAUGGAUGGGAUGGCUGGAUGGAACCAGGACGUGCAUGUGCAGCCGGAAACAGCAAGUGAAAAGAAUUGUUGGUUAGGAGAGAGUACCUUGUGAGAAUAGUUGGUUAAGAGAGAAGCCUGUGAGAAUGGUUGGUAAGGAGAGAGAGGAGCUUGUGAGAAUGGUUGGUUAGGAGAGAGGAGCUGGUGAGAGAGGUUGGUUAGGAAAGAGGAGCUGGUGAGGGAGGUUGGUUAGGAGAGAGAGAAGCCUGUGAGAAUGGUUUGCUAAGAGAGAGGAGCAUAUUAGAAUGGCUGUUUAGGAGAGAAAUGGACAUGUGAGAAUGGUUGGUAAGGGGAGAGAGGAUCUUGUGAGAAUGGUUGGUAAGGGGAGAGGAGCUGGUGAGAAUGAUUGGUUAGGAGAGAGGAGCUGGUGAGAAUGAUUGGUUAGGAGAGAGGAGCUGGUAAGAAUGAUUGGUUAGGAGAUAGGAGAUAGUAAGAACGGCUGGUUGGAAGAGAGAAAUGUGAGGGGAAGGUCAAAAAAGCCAAGUUAAGACAGCAGUUGUGGAGAUAUAUAUAUAUUUUUUAAUCAUAAAUAUGAUUUGUGUUAUUUUAAUUUACUUUGUUCUGUAACACGGAAUAAUCAAAUACACUUAAGAUGAGAUCGAAAAGUAAAGAAACCCAUAGCAUUUUUGAACCAAUUAAUUUGUUGGCUCUUGUUCUGUUAUUGGUUGUUGUUAAAAUCAAUGUUUCUAUGUAUUCUAAUAAUAGUAACUCUAACAGUCGGGUCUGUUUACCUGGCCAUAGCUUCAAAUUUGCAUUGUAGUUGUUAAUAAAGGUCAUGCCAUUUUAGUAGCUAAAGAAUGUCAUAUCAUUGUAGUAGCUAAUAAAGGUUCUUUUUUGGAGUAGCUGAUAACAGUCAUGUCCUUUUCUAGACGCUGAAUCAAUAAGAUACAGUGAGAAGUAAUUUAGGUAAACUGUGCAUUUAAUAUUUAGAAUGCUGGGUCAGGGGCUUUUCAAAUUCUGAUAUGAAUACAUUACCAAAUAAUUUUCACAACAAAAUAUUAUGUUUUCAUUUGUAUUUAAAUACAAUAUUGUCAAUAUUUCCAUGGUUGUUCACUAUGGAGUUGAACAGUAUAUUUGAAAUGUGCUAUAUUUAUAUUUACUGCUUUGGGACAGAGGGGUAUACGUUUAUUUGAAAGAUGGGUGAACUGAUUUAAACACAAUAGUUAUUCAUAGGUUGAUCAUAGAACAGUAACACAAUCUAUAUUAUCCUUAUCAAAUUACAGAAGGACCAGGUGAUUUUUUUAAACGUGCACCUAUUGAAAACAAAUCUCUUAACGUUUUAUUGUAUGGUAUUUAACAACAUUACAAAUUCAAAUAUUUUCUUUAAAAAGUGGAGCUACAAAACUGUGAAAAGGGCCAUGCUACUUGAUUGAUUUGGUGGGCGCUCCCACUCGUUCUCCUGUAUGUGAAAAGCAUUACAGCAGGGCAACAGAGCAGAAGUAAGAUGUGUUUUGUUAGUUGUCUGAAACCCUGGGGACUGGAAUCACCUAAUCUCCCCAUACUAUACCCAGGAUUGAG